UUCUUCACAAGUCACUUCCUUGUUUGUCUGACUGAUUCUCUCUGCCUGUUUCUCCUCAGACUGACGAUGGCCGAAGCCCAGCUGUGUGGAUUACAAGAUGAGAUCACCUGCUCUGUGUGUCUGGACAUCCUGACUGACCCCGUCUCCAUCCCCUGUGGUCACAGUUUCUGUCUGAAGUGCCUCACUGACUGCUGGGAUCAGAGCCAAGUGUUCAGCUGUCCUCAGUGCAGAGAAAUCUUCAAUCUGAGGCCGCAACUGAGAAGAAACACUGUGCUGAAUGAAAUCAUAGAGAAACUAAAGAAGACAGGACUCAGUUCUUCUCCAUCUCAGAAUUAUGCUGGCCCUGGAGAUGUGGAGUGUGACGCCUGUACUGGGAAGAAGUUCAAAGCGGUGAAGUCCUGUCUAAGCUGCAUGAUCUCCUUCUGUCAGCCUCACCUGCAGAAUCACAAUGAGGUAGCGGCCUGGAAGGACCACAAGCUGGUUGAUCCUGAUGGAAAUCUGAGGUGGAAACUCUGUGCAAAACAUCAGAGAAGUCUGGAAAUAUUUUGCAAAACUGAUGAUUCGUGUAUCUGCAUGAUGUGUGUGGUGACUGAACAUAAAGGUCAUGAAAUAGUGGAGCUGGAGACGGAAAGAGAAGAAAAAGAGAAACAGUUGGGGAAAACACGGAGUGAAAUCAGGAGGAGACUUGAGGAGAGAGAGAAGAAAAUGAAGGAGAUGAGAAAUGUGGUGGAGCAGAUAAAAAUAUCUGUGGAAAGAGAAGUAAAGGAAAAUGAGAAAAGCUUCAUUGAUCUGAUCCACUGCAUUGAAGAAGCUCAGAAGAACUUGUUUGAGAGGAUGAGAGAACAAGAGAAGAGAGAAAUAGAGAAGGCUGAAAGAGUCAUGGAACAACUAGAGAAGGAGAUUGAGGAGCUGAAGAAGAGAGACACUGAGCUGAAGGAGCUUUUUGACAACAAGGAUCACGUCCACUUCAUGCAGCCUCACCGAUCCCUGGCUCCAAUGGGCUUCACUAAACUGCAACUUGGGCUCCCCAGCAACCAGGGCGCUCAUGCUGGGGCUUUCACGUCCCAAGUCCCGACUCCCGCUGCCUUCUUGGCCUUACGCGCCGCCUCACGCUUCUAUUUAUCACGAGGACAUGGAUCAGGUGUGGCAGUCAGUAGCUCCCAGCAACAAUUACGGAUGCGGACGACUCCUCACCUGUGUACUUAA